GGGUUUGAUGUGUUGUUAGGCACUUCCGGAGUAAAUAUUUCCUAAAGAGGCAUCUUAUAAAUUCCACUGCAUCAAGUGUCUUACAAAUCUGAAAAUGUCGAGCAAAGUCAAGAAAUACAUUGACGAAUGCAAAGGAGAUCCAAAUAAUACAGAACUAGAUCUUGUUGAUAAAGGAAUUCCCAACUUAAACAUACCAGGCCUUCUGGAUCUGAAGCACCUGACUAGACUAACACUUUCCCACAACAAAAUAAAUGAGGUACCUGCCAACAUAACAGAAUUACCCAAUUUGGAGCAUCUUAAUCUUUUCAAUAACCAUAUUAAGGAACUACCAAGUACGCUGAAUUCUCUAAUGAAAUUGAAAAUAUUAAACCUUGGAAUGAACAAACUGAAUGCCUUGCCGCGAGGAUUUGGUGCUUUUCCUGCUCUAGAAGUCCUAGAUCUUACCUACAACAACCUGAGCGAAAAAUCUCUGCCUGGGAAUUUCUUUUGUUUAGACACAUUACGAGCACUGUAUCUAGGUGACAAUGAUUUUGAAGUCUUGCCACCAGAAAUAGGGAAACUGAAGAAUCUUCAAAUUCUGUGUUUGAGAGAGAAUGAUCUGGUGACUCUGCCCAAGGAAGUUGGGGAUCUGCCGCGAUUGAGAGAGCUCCACAUACAGGGGAACAGACUGACAGUGCUACCCCCAGAAAUAGGAAAUUUAGAUUUAGUUGGAUCUAAGCAGGUGUUCAGGGGGGAGAAUAACCCCUGGGUCACACCCAUAGCUGACCAGUACCAAGUCGGUGUGUCCCAUGUAUUCGACUACAUCCGCUCAGAAACAUAUAGAUUUUUAUAUGGUCGGCAUAUUGCUGCCGAUGCUCCACCCCCCAAUAAACCGGCAGACAAAUCCAAAAAGAUCAGUAGGAUGGGUUGAACCAGUGCUGCUUAAUUGCCCAGAAAGUUCCUGUUUAUGACUACAAUAAGCGCUUUAUUACAAUGCAGUUAAUACUCAAAGCCUCCACUGAACUGACUGCCAGACAAGAUAAACAAUGAAGAGUUGCUUGUGAAUGUAAAUCCAUAUUUUAAAGACUGAAAAUGCAUGUGUACAUUGCUGAUAUUAAAUAACCAAUGGAUUUCUUCCAGAACAAUAUGUGUAAUAAAAUUGUGGUGCUAAAUUUGAAUUCAAUUAGGGGUCAAGUUAUAACUGUUGUUCUAUGUAUAUGUGAUUAACAACCAAGGCCUUUAUGAAUACAUAUACCCGAUAUGUGAACAUACACUGCUUAACCCAUAUAUGUCUUCCUCAAAUAUGUAUUCCAAUUAUUGCCUAUGAAUAGCUUGUAGCUGAAUCUGAAUACUGCAUUUUUGAAUAUUGUACAUGUAACAUUACAACAUAUAAUUCAAAUAAUUUUUCCCAGAUAUAUUUAACUGGCAAGAAUACAUUCAUACUCACUAUGUUAAUAUUUUCAAUAAAGCUAUACAUGUAUUUGAAUAUAAUUGUGAAAAAAUAUACAUGUACAUAAUCUGAAGAAGUCAUAUUAUAUAUAGACUUUUUGUCAUGCUUUUUGUUUAUCAUUUUUUUUAGAUUAUAUUUAACAUAUUCUACAAGAGAAUAUUUAGUUUUGCUAUCCUAGUCAUUGAUAUAUAUGUACCGGUAUAUACAUUAAUAUGUACAUGUAUGUACAUAAAUGUACAGGAUACAUACAAUGUAUCAGAUCAGUUUACUCUUUGUACUGUAUAACUGUAUUACAGAUUUUAAUGGACUUUAAAUGUGACAAAUUUUUUGUUUACUGCCAGAAAGGAAAAUUAUAUUAAAUGACAUUGAAUAACAGUCUAUUGUGAAAAUAAUUAUUUAUGCGUUGGGGAAAUAUACACUAGUUACACUGUAAGCUUAAAACUGUGUAAAUACCCCAGGUAAUAAAAUCAGAACUUGAAUGUGAUAAUUCACACAUCUGCAUAUUUAAUACCCACAGGUAUUGUUUGACUAAAGAAAAUGCGUAAUUAACCACCAGUGUAAAUAACCACUUUAACAGUAAACAAAAACUUUUGGAAAAGUCAAAGAGGGUAAGCAGGUCUGAUGUAUACUUCUUGAAUAUUUUAUACCUUACAUAAUACUUGUAUUGUUUAUAUAUUAAAAAGUGGAAUUUCAUGUUGUAGAAUGAAAUAAAUAUUUUGUACUUAU